AUGGCUGUCGCUGCCCUUUUGUUCCUCGCUUUGAUUACUACUGCCUUGCGAAGCUCUGAAGAGCAGACGGGGGCUCGGAAGACAGGGCGAACGUCGUUGAAGGACAACAAGCUGAUGCAACGGGCGGGCGCAUCUGAUGCCGUUCAGGAGCUCCAUCCGGAAACCACUUUCAUUGAUGAUUUCCAGGUUGCCCGCGCCUCAUCCAAGGCCUUCACCUGGAAGCGGAUGGGCGCCUUCACCUUCGCAAUCUUCCUGGGAUUGGCGGUGGCACUCUUUGCGGACACCCAUCUCUUCGCCAUCAAGAGGAACGUCUCAGGCCUUGCAUCAGCGGAGGCUUGCCGAACCGUGUGCCGGGCAAGCCCACAAGGGCUGUGUGAUGACGCCCACCUCAGCUUUCAGAAGAAGUUUUGCACCACCACGGGGGAGAGAUGCUCCAACUCCGCAAAUGGGUCACAACCAAUGAGCCGAGCCAGUUGCUCUUUCAGUGAAAUUCCAGAGGCAUGGAAGGUGGACUUUGUGCUGAUUUCGGCUGUGAUGGGCAUAUAUCUUAUCGUGGAGGGCGUCUCCGCCGAGCUCAUUCUAUUUGGACUCAGCUGCAUCUAUGGCUUUCUCGGAAUCAUCACAGGGGAGGAGGCAUGGGCUGGCAUUGCAAGCGGCAGCGUCAUUGGGCUAGCCCUCCUUUUUCCCAUCGCCUCCGCGAUUGAGGAGACAGGUGUCCUGGACACAGCUAUCGGCAUGAUGCUGGGAAGCCCACAGUCCUUUUACGUGGCAUUCUUCCGCAUGUUGGUCCCUGUUGCCUUCUUGUCUGCCUUCUUGAGCAACACAGCCAUCGUCACGAUGAUGAUUCCCUUGAUCGUAUCGUGGUCUCGGACCCUGGGGGUCCAUCCUGGCAAGCUGCUGAUGCCGCUGUCCUUUGCGGCCCAGCUCGGUGGAUCCUGCACCCUUAUCGGAUCUUCGCACUGUCUUGUGGCCCGUGACAGCGUGGACAAGUCUCUGUACACACUGACUUUUUUUGACUUGUCCUACGCCGGCACCAUCCUGUCUCUCGCCACUUUUGGAGUCAUGGCUUUAUGCCUGCCCUUCCUGUCAUCUUCGGCAUCCCCUGUGCCCAGCGUAUCCGCCGAUGAUGCUGAUGCUGUGCAAGUGGAGAAGGAGAACCUGUACACCAUCAGCUUUUUCAUACGCCCGGGCGGGGGUUAUGUGGGCAUGGAUCCAGAGUUGGCCAGUCUGCAACUGAAGCGGCUGCCUGGUGUGAAGGAUAUUCAAGCCUCCGGGGAAUUCAGUGGUCAACUUGAGGAAAAUGCCUGCCUCAGCUGCAUCGUCGAAGACGAGGGAGUCGUCUCCCUCCGGCAGAUGCGGGGCCUUCGAAUGACAAAUGAGGCCCAGCUUCGAGCUCUUGGCAUGGAGCGGGAGAAGCGCCAUCUCUACGAAGCCAUCCUCUCUAGCAAUAGCCGCAUUGCAGGUGCCCCUUUCGAGUUUGAUGCCAUGAGGCAUGCAAUGGGUUGUUGCCCCAUUGCCAUCAAGGGCAAGGAGGGCAUGCCACAAGCUGGCGACAUUCUGCUUCUGGAAGCAGACGAGAGAUAUGUUGGGGGCACACUUUGGGAAGAGGAAUUUUCUAUCACCAAGAUGGUGCCAAACUCCAGUCCCCGGCGAAUUGGCGGGGUCCAUGAUCGAGUUCGCUGCAUCUUGGUGUGUUCGGGCAUGGCAGUUCUCAUCGUUUCGGUGACAUUUGAGCUGGUGAGCCUUUCCAUCGGAGCAGGGAUGUUCGUCCUCUUCCUGGUUCUGAGCAAUGCCUACACCAUGGACAGUGUGUACAAGACCAUCAAAGUCCCGGUGCUACUGACUAUUGCUGGUGCUGGCGGGCUGUCACUCGCUCUGCAGGCGACAGGCAUCGCAAAGUUCGCAGCAACCAAGAUGACACAGAUUGCGAUACCAUUGGGAACGUUGGGAGUUCGGACGGCCGUUUACUUGCUGGCAACCUUCCUCUCGCUGUUUAUGAACAACAGUGCAACUGUUGCCAUUAUUGGCCCCAUGCUGGCAACGAUUGCUGACAGCACUUGCGCAGUGGGCGACACACAGUGCCAGGAGAACAGCGUCAAGGCCCUCACGCACGUCAUGGUCUUCGCAGCAGGCACUUGUUUGAUGUCUCCCCUGGGCUACCAGACCAAUCUCAUGGUCAUGCAGGACGGCGGGUAUACGUUCGGCGAUUUUACCAAAUAUGGCAGCCUCAUCCAGGCCUUUCACAUGGUAGCCUGCGUCGGAGUGGUCUUUCUCUUCGUGGACAUUCUCAAUCUCUAG